AACACUCACAGUUAUAAAAAGCCCCUCGUUUAUGCUCCUCGUUCGAUUUUUUCGUUGUCAACUGUCCGCGAAGUUGUGUUUAAUUUCGAUUUGCCAACUCUCUCACACAGACAUUUCAAUAAAAUUCUCCGAGCCAGCUUAAUAAUUCGCCCAAUAAUAUAAAAGCACUGAAAUUUUUCUUUGCGGCCAAAGCCCAGUCGACGGUCAUUGCGCCGUUUAGUCAUUGUCAUUUUGGGAAACGUUUUGGAUGUGCCCUCGAUAAAAUUGUUUUUCACGCUUACAUACCAGGGACAUGUUUCCCGGCGAGAUGAUUCACGAGGAAAUACGACCUCGGAAGCUGCCGGAAGUUCGGCCUGGCGACGAAGUGGUUAUCAGUGGCGUGGCAGGAAGAUUUCCCUCGUCGGACAAUAUGGAUGAGCUGAGGGAGAACCUCAUGAGUAAAGUUGACCUUAUUGCACCAAAUGGCCGAUGGAAAUUGGAAAAUCCGGAUAUUCCGUUACGCGUGGGCCAAUUGAGCAGCAUUGAAAAGUUCGACGCACUCUUUUUCGGUGUCCACUUCAAGCAGGCGCACACGAUGGAUCCGCAGUGUCGGAUGCUGCUCGAGCACACCUACGAGGCCAUUAUCGACGCUGGGAUAAAUCCGCGACAGCUUCGCGGCAGCAGGACUGGAGUAUUCAUAGGCGCCUCGUUCUCCGAGUCGGAGAAGACUUGGUUUUACGACAAAAUUAAUAAUAAUGGCUUUGGCAUCACCGGCUGUGCCCGCGCCAUGUUCUCCAAUCGUAUUUCCUACUGGCUGGGAGUAACCGGGCCCAGCUACACCGUCGACACCGCCUGCAGCUCGAGCCUCUAUGCUUUGGAACACGCUUACAGGGCGAUAAGGGAAGGUCUUUGCGACUCGGCUAUCGUCGGCGGAUCGAACAUUUGCCUCCAUCCCUUCGUCGCCAUGCAGUUUUACAAUUUGGGUGUAACGUCAUUGGACGGGCGGUGCAAGUCCUUCGACGAUGCGGCCGACGGCUACGCGAGGAGCGAGGCCAUCUGCGUGGUCUUCCUGCAGAAGGCCAAGGAGGCGAAGCGCAUCUACGCGACCCUUGUCCACGGCAAGCUAAAUUGCGACGGCUUUAAGGAGCAGGGAAUCACCUUCCCCUCGACUCGCAUGCAAAGCCUCUUGUUCAAGGAAUGCUACAUGGAGUGCGGGAUACCGCCGACGAUGAUAAACUACAUCGAGGCCCACGGGACUGGGACGAGAGUCGGUGACGCCGAAGAGGUUAACGCGAUCGACAAUGUCUUUACGCCUGGACGCAAGACUCCAUUGCUCAUCGGUUCGGGCAAGUCGAACUUUGGCCACACCGAGUCUGCCAGUGGAGUCUGUUCCGUCGCCAAAGUCAUAAUAGCCAUGGAAACGGGAACGAUACCGCCGAAUUUGCACUACAACGUACCGAAACAGGGCAUCCCGGCCUUGAAAGAUGGCAGAAUGAAGGUCGUGACGGAAGCAACUACCUUGGAAGGCGAAUAUAUUGGCGUUAAUUCGUUUGGAUUCGGAGGUGCCAACGUCCACAUGAUUCUCAAAUCCAAUCCUAAGGUAAAAGUCAAUAAUGGCGCACCAAUGGACAAUUUACCAAGACUGGUGGCCAUAUCCGGCCGAACGGAGGAAGCUGUAUCGACCAUAAUAAACAAGUUCAAUAGCAGGCCCAUAGAUGUCGAAUACAUAAGACUUUUUCACGACAUUCAUGCGGAAAAUAUAAAGGGCAACUUGUAUCGAGGAUACACGAUUCUACCAUCCCACGGCGUCGCUAAGCACCCGAUAAAGGACAUUCAAUUUUAUCCCGAAACGAAAAGACCCGUCUGGUUCAUAUUUGCUGGAAUGGGUUCGCAGUGGCCUGGAAUGGGGGAGGCUCUACUGAAUGUACCGAUAUUCGCCAAAUCCAUAACGAUAUGCGACGUAGCUCUGAAACCCCUAGGCGUUGACAUUUAUCGCGUACUCACGAGCAAGGACAAGGACAUAUUCGACAACAUAGUGAACGCGUUUGUGGGAAUAGCCGCCAUUCAGAUCGGCCUCAUAGACGUGCUGCGCUCGGUCGGCAUCGAGCCCGACUAUGUGAUGGGCCACUCGGUGGGCGAGUUGGCUUGCGGCUACGCCGAUGGCUGCUUCACCGCCGAGCAGAUGAUACUGUGCGCCUACUCGCGGGGCCUCGCCUCCCAGCAGAUGAAGUGCAUCCGGGGCGCGAUGGCGGCCGUCGGCAUCGGCUACAACGAGCUCAAGAACAUCUGCCCGCCGGACAUUGACAUCGCCUGUCAUAACGCGGCCGAUAGCGCAACCAUCAGCGGCCCCAUCGAAUCCAUCGAGAGGUUCGUUGCGCACUUGCAGUCGAAGAAGAUCUUCGCCAAGGAAGUCGCAUGCAGCAACAUUCCGUAUCACAGUCGCUAUAUAGCGUCGUCCCGAGGUAACCUCUACUCCUUUAUGAAGGAAAUUAUUCCUCAUCCCAAGACACGCAGCUCUAGGUGGCUGAGUACUUCGGUGCCGAUAGAUCAACAGGAUACUCCGGAAGCCAAAUUGUCGUCAGCCGAAUACCACACUAACAAUGUGCUCGGCUCGGUGUAUUUUGAGGAGACGUCGGCACUGAUACCAAAGAACGCCAUUGCCAUUGAAAUUGCACCACACGGCCUCUUACAAGCUAUUCUUCGGCGAUCGCUCGAUCCAAAUGUGAUAAAUAUCUCGUUGACGCAGCGCGGACACAGCAAUAACAUCGAAGUACUUUUGCAAGGACUUGGGAAGAUGUUUGUCGCUGGUCUUCAUCCAAAAUUGGCUAAUCUUUACCCUCCCGUUGAGUUUCCGGUAAGUCGAGCGACGCCAAUGAUAUCGCCGCUGAUCAAGUGGGAGCACUCGGAUAACUGGUUCGUCACUUCCUACGAGUCCCAACGUAAGGCCGCAUCUAGCCAGCGUAUCGUUAAGGUCUCGCUGUCCGACUCCGAGUUCGAGCACAUGGCCGGUCACAUUAUCGACAAGAAGAAUCUUUUUCCAGCGACCGGUUACGUGCAACUGGUAUGGGAGACUUUUACAAUGAUGCACGACGAACAGCCCGAGGCCGUAGUUUUCGAAGACGUGAGGUUCUUGAGGGCGACAAACAUCCCACAAGGCGGUUUCAUCGAAUUCGUCAUUACCGUUCAGAGAGGCACGGGAAGAUUUGAAAUCGUCGAGGGUGGCGCGGCAGUAGUGGACGGUGUCGUUCGUACCUCGUCGAAUCCAGCCGUUGAAAGAUCUUACGUGCAAAACGUAGAGAACGGCGUUGAAGGAGACGAAGAGGUGCUCAAUUCCGAGGACGUGUACAAGGAGCUGAAACUCCGUGGUUAUUAUUAUGCUGGAUUGUACCAGAGUAUAAAGAGCGCCACGUAUGACGGCUCGAAGGGUCAUAUUUGGUGGCGAAACGAUUGGCCCUCGUUUAUGGAUAAUAUGCUACAGAUGCAAAUCCUUCACAAGGACUCGCGCAAUCUAUUAAUACCAACGAGAAUAAAGAAAAUCCUUAUCGACACAAAGGCUCACUUUGGGCAAAUAAAGGUGCGUGGCGAAGAUACAGAGCUUCCGGUUCGCGUCGAUGCCCUGUUCGACGCAAUCAGUUGCGGUGGUGUAGAAAUCCGUGGCUUAAAGGCGAGCGCCAUCGCGCGCAGAAAACCAGUGAACAUUCCCAUUAUCGAAGAAUACAAAUUCGUUCCGCACUUGGAUGGGGCCGUAGCGACGCUUUUGGAAAUAAUAACACUCGUAAUGCACAUCACAAUGGAAAAUCACUUAUCUAUUAAAGUGAAAACAAUCGAGCUUGUAGAGGAGAGCGAUGCUGUAACCGUCGAAGGCCUCUUGUCUCCCUUAAUAGUCAAAUGUCUCAAGGAUUUUCCCCUAAUCCAAGAUGACAUCACCAUUAUAAAUGCAACGAACACAUUGGAGUUGAAUGAUUUGUCGCCGAGUCUGUCGGUCACAAAUUCCAAAAGUAUAAGCAGCGGCGCGAAUGCCCUUGUGACGAUUGGCAGUCAAUUAUUAAUAAAGAGCCGUAAGGACAAUUUGAAAUUGCUCUUGCAAAGUUUAAAAAUUGGCGGCUUCUUGUUAACGCGCGAGGUCGAUGUACUUAGGAAUAAUAUCAAAAUCGCCGCCGAUGACGAGCAAUUAGAUAUUAUCUUGGAGAAGAAGCAUGGAAAUGAGAUGUUUAUUUUGUUGAGAAAACGAGUGAAGCAAGUGGCGAAAAACAUUUCAGUUGUGCACGUGACAAACGAUGAUUUUAAAUGGAUCGAAGAUAUGCGAAAAAUAAUGACGGACGAAUUGAAAAGGGAAAAUAAUUUAUCAGCAAGAAUUCUUUUUGUUGGACGAGAUGUUGAAAAUGGUCUAAUGGGCUUUAUUAACAGUUUGAGGAAAGAAGCUGGCGGUGAAAUGGUCCGCGGAUUGCUAAUUCAGGAUCCAAAUGCCCCGAAAUUUUCCUUGUCCCAUCCUUUAUACGCCAAGCAGAUUCAAAAAGACUUGGCGGUAUCUGUGCUUCGCGACACCGAUGUCUGGGGUACUUACAGAUAUUUACCAAUAGCAGCGCUGGAGCCACAUCCCGUGCAGCACUGCUUAAUAAAUCAAUGUAUUCGCGGUGACCUGAGCUCCCUCACUUGGUUCCAAGGUCCCAUUCCAAUGGGCUAUCAACAUAAAGAUCUAGUUAGCAUCGCUUAUUGCUCCGUCAAUUUCAAGGAUGUUAUGAUGGCCACUGGUAAGCUGGUCGAAGAUAUUUCCAGCGCGAGACAGGCAGAGGAGACUUUUAUCGGCUUCGAGUACAGCGGUACCGAUGCCUCGGGAAAGCGUGUCAUGGGAUUAUUGAAAAAUUCCGGAUUCUCCAAUAUUUGCAUAGCCGAUCGCGAUCUCGCUUGGGAAAUACCGGCAAAUUGGAGCUUGGAGGAUGCAGCGACAGUACCCUGCGUUUAUGGAACCAGCUAUUAUGCGCUCUAUAUGAGGGGUAGGAUGAAGAAGGGCGACAAGGUGCUGAUUCACGCGGGCACAGGUGGCGUGGGCCAGGCUGCCAUAAAUCUGGCGCUUCACGAGGGCUGCGAGAUCUUCACGACCGUCGGAACACCGGAUAAGCGUAACUUCAUACGUAAGAACUUCCCGCAGAUUCCCGACGAUCAUAUCGGCAAUUCGCGCGACAUUAGUUUCGAACAAAUGAUUAUUCAGCAAACAAAGGGCCGUGGAGUGGAUAUUGUACUAAACAGUCUUGCCGAAGAGAAGCUUCAGGCGUCCGUCAACUGCUUAGCAUGGGGUGGCCGAUUUCUCGAAAUCGGUAAAUUCGAUUUGACCUCCAAUAAUCCCUUAGGCAUGGAAGUAUUUUUACGAGAAAUCAGCUUUAGCGGCAUAAUGUUGGAUCACUUGAUAAGCGAGCCAAGAGCCAAAAAAAUUGAGCUUUACGAUCUUAUGUACAAGGGUCUCGAGAGCGGAGCCGUAAAGCCUCUCAUAAGGACCGUCUUCGAAAAGGAUCAAGUAGAGGCGGCAUUUCGUUAUAUGGCCGCCGGCAAGCAUAUUGGCAAAGUUAUUGUCAAAAUGCGAAAUGAAGAUCAAUCAUUGGAUAGAUCAAUGGGAGCGCUCACUACAGCUAUACCACGCUAUUACUGUCACAAGGAUUGCAGUUAUAUAGUUUUGGGUGGACUCGGCGGCUUCGGUCUCGAAUUAGUUGAUUGGCUGAUAUUGCGGGGCGCCAAAAAUCUUGUACUUACGUCUCGCAGCGGAGUAAAGUCUGGCUAUCAGAAAAUGCGUAUGAAUCUGUGGGAAAAGUAUGGCAUUAAAGUAAUUAUAAUGAAAGGAAUGAACGCGGGGAAAGUCGAGGAUUGCCAAUCGAUGAUUAAGAGAGCGAUGGAAUUAGGUCCUGUCGAUGGAGUAUUUAACUUGGCUGCGGUGGUGAAGGAUGCUACUUGGGAGAAUCAGACGGCAAAAUUGUUCGAGGAAACGUUUAUCUCGAAGGCUUGGGCCACCCGACACUUUGAUACCCUGACGAGGCAAAUGUGCCCGCGAUUGCGACAUUUUGUCGUAUUUUCGUCGGUUGCUUGCGGCAGAGGAAACGCCGGCCAAACAAAUUACGCAAUGGCUAACUCGGUGAUGGAGCGCAUUUGCGAGAAACGAGUUGAGGAAGGCUUACCGGCCUUAGCCGUACAAUGGGGCAUCGUCGACGACGUCGGUAUAGCAGCAGCGAUGAACGAGAAAUCAAACCUAUUCGAGUUCACCGGCAUGGGCCAGCAGAGGAUAACUUCGUGUUUAGAGGAGCUCGAUAAAUUCCUCCAUCAGAAGCGGCCCGUCGUGUCCAGCAUCGUCGUCGACGAGAAAAGAUCGGAGAGUAGCGGCUCUACGAACAUGGUCGACACUGUUCUUAGUAUUAUGGGUCGAGCUAACUUGAGCGGAGUGAGCCACGAGACGUCGCUGGUCGAGCUCGGCAUGGACUCCAUGAUGGCCGUGGAAAUCAAGCAAACGCUGGAGCGCGAAUUCGACGUCUUCCUCACGGCGCAGGAGAUUCGUAAAUUGAACUUUGCUAAAAUUGAAGAGCUGAUGGGGAAAUCGGACGGCGAGGGCGCGAAAACGAGCCUCAAAGAGUCCAAAAAAAUCGAAGUGCUGACGGGCAUGAAGUUGUUCCUUCAACGGGUCAUUGGUUACGAGGAUAUUAAUCGCGAGACGUGCGUAAGGCUGCCGACUAAGCAGGAAAUCGAUAAGCCGGAGAUCUUCCUCGUCCCAGGCAUCGAAGGCUUGAGCACCGUUUUCACCGGCUUGGCGAGAAAUAUUAAAGCACCCGCCACGUGUCUACAGACGUGUGAAACAAGCAGCCAACGAUCUAUUUUCGACACGGCCGAUCAACUUUUACCACAUGUAUUAGAGAGGAGCGAGAAAGGAAAACACUUGACAAUAAUUGGCUACUCGUUCGGUGCUAUUAUCGCCAUUGAAUUGGCAAGAAGAUUGGAGGAGAGAGAUCUACAAUGCCAAUUGAUUCUCAUCGAUGGUGCACCGGACCACAUGAAAAACGUUCUAAGUCAACAAUUCAUCUUUAAGAACGACGACGAGUUUCAAAAUAACGUUUUAAUUGGCAUUAUGAAUGUCAUCUAUCCAGUGAAUAUUUCAGAGAUGAACGUGAAUUUGAAGAAGAGCAAAAAUUGGGAAGAAAAACUGCAAGUCUUCACGGCGCACGUUCACAACGAUGACAUUUCGGAAAAUGAUCAAAAAGACAUAUGCACGUCUAUUUAUAAUAGGCUAGUAGCCGCAAGAAAUUAUGACAUUUCUCGACUAUCUCGGAUCAAAGCUCCAAUGAUUUUGUUGAAGCCGUCUACGCCGAGCCUCGUCACAACGGAAAAUUAUGGCCUUUCAAAGGUGACGAGCGGUAAGAUAGAUGUUUAUUACGUGGAUGGGAAUCACGUUACAAUGCUGGAUGACGAAAGGGUAGCUGCUGUCAUUAAUGGAGAGAAAAUUGAUGAAACGAUAUCGAGUUAAUGAAAUUAUGGCU